AUGGAUUCAUCAUCUGAUAACAACGAGGUAAAUCAUCAUAUAGAACAAAGUGAACAACAUCAAGAUUCAUCACAUAUGAAUGAAAAUAACACUAUACAAUGCUGUAUAAAUUCAUCUCAAAUGCUUCAUAUUCCAUUAGAAAAUACAGUUGUUUCAACAGAUGGUACUCUCAUUUGGCAUGUUGAUGAAAUAUUCAAAAAGAUUAACGAUGCUAUUUAUAGAAAACAACCAUUUAUUGAUUCAGAUCCAUUUCAAACAUCGAUGAAUGGUCAACGAUUAUGGGCUCGUAUAUACCUCGAUGGAAAAACUAACUCUAAAUUUAUAUCAUUUCAUAUUCAUCUAAAUUUUCCAGUCUGUAAAAUUUUUACUGGUUAUAUUAAGUUUAUUUUAGUUGAUCAAAGUAAUAAUACUCAAUUACAACAUAUUAUAAAACGCUGCUCUGCAGAAAUGAAUAAUGUUAAUGAUUGUGUUGGAUUCGAUGAUUUUAUUGAUAAAAAUUUACUUCAUCAAGAAUCAAAUCCAUAUAUUUGUAAUGAUUCAGCAUAUUUCAUUGUCUUUGUUGAGCAAACCAAUCAAGAAAAAUUUAUUCAUCUUUCAUCAAAUGUUCAAGAUGCUAUAUUUCAAAGUUCUUCAGUCCAUUAA